GGCUCAGCAAAAUUUCUAUCUCGUCCCAGAGCCGAAAACCCAGGAGUCAGAGGAGAGAAGGCAAAGGAUCGAUCGUCUGCCUAACUGGCUCAGCACGUUCACGAGUGUCUCAGUGACUCGAUCAUCAGCGCGAGCGGCACCUAUCAAGCGUCACCUGACGAUCGGGGCUUGCUAGACUUUGCCUCGACUCUUGCUCGCUUGCCUCUCGAUCGAGAAAACCUUUUGUUGCCAUUCGAAAGCUUUUACAGUAGUAACACCAGCUGUCUGCUGCCUUGACGACGUCAGCUUCGUCUCCGAUGGUCCUCCCGGCUCAACCGAGCGCAGUGGCAGGCCCAUCUGGGCUAGCCGAAGGUGUCCUUAGGGACGAGACCUCGUGGGGAGGCGCUCUCCCUGCAGAGCAAGGUCUCUACAACCCCGAGAAUGAGAAGGAUUCGUGUGGUGUCGGCUUCGUGUGCCACAUCAAAGGGGAGCCAUCCCACAAGAUCGUCUCUGAUGCUCGAUCGUUGCUUUGCAACAUGACCCAUCGUGGUGCGGUCGGCGCAGAUGCACGCGAUGGCGAUGGCGCAGGUGUCAUGGUCGGCAUCCCCGAUGCAUUCUUUCGCAGAGAGUUUGAGCGCGAUUUUGACGUCACUCUGCCAGAGAUCGGCCGAUACGCUGUCGGUAAUGUUUUCUUCAAGCCUCGAUCUGCCGAUACGCUUGCAGAACACAAGGCAACGUUCGAGUCCAUCGCAGAAUCGCUCAAUCUGCGCAUACUGGGCUGGCGGGAGGUUCCUCGGGACAACUCGAUCCUCGGUCCCGCAGCGCUCAGCCGAGAGCCGUUGAUUUUGCAGCCAAUGGUCGUUCUCACGACGAGCUAUGGCCACGGCAAUAAGCCAGAAGAGGGUGCAUCUUUCGAUGCCAAGUACUUUUCGAGACAGCUCUACGUCUUGCGAAAGCACGCGACGCAUACCAUUACCCUCGCCAACUGGUUCUACGUUUGCUCACUUUCAAACACGAACAUCGUCUAUAAGGGCCAGCUCAGCCCGCCUCAGGUUUACAACUACUACCACGAUCUCAAUCACGUCCUGUUCAAGUCUCACUUCUGCCUCGUCCAUUCGCGUUUCUCGACCAACACGUUCCCCUCGUGGGAUCGUGCUCAGCCUAUGCGAUGGGCAGCACAUAAUGGCGAGAUCAACACUGUUCGAGGCAACAAGAACUGGAUGCGCGCCAGAGAAGGCAACUUGCAGUCUGUAAACUUCGCAGACGAGCUCGACCUGUUAUACCCCAUCAUAGAGCUCGGAGGCUCAGAUUCAGCUGCAUUCGACAAUGUGCUCGAGCUCCUCACUGUCAACGGUGUCGUCACGUUGCCAGAAGCAGUCAUGAUGCUCGUGCCUGAGGCAUGGCAGAACAAGUCAUCGAUGGACCCUGCCAAGGUCGCUUUCUACCAAUGGGCAGCGUGCCUGAUGGAGCCUUGGGAUGGCCCCGCUCUGUUUGCCUUUGCUGAUGGAAGAUACUGUGGCGCCAAUCUCGAUCGUAAUGGUCUCCGUCCGUGCCGAUGGGUCACCACGACAGAUGACAUCAUGAUCUGUGCUUCCGAAGUAGGCACGAUUUAUAUUGAGCCAGAAAAGAUCACUCGCAAGGGUCGUCUUCAGCCUGGCAAGAUGCUCCUUGUCGAUACCGUCGAGGGCCGCAUUGUCGACGACAAGGAGCUUAAGCAGGCUACUAGCUCUCGCAAGCCAUUUGCCGAAUGGGUUCACUCUCAGCUCAUUCGCUUGCCUCACCUCAUCGAGCGUGAGCGCGCAAACGGUGCUAGCCUUGGCAUUGUCCUCGACGAGCUGUCGAUCUCGCAAGACCCUAAGCUACUCGCUUUCGGCUAUACCUUUGAGCAGCUCGAUCUGCUCAUGCGUCCCAUGAUCGUAGACGGAAAGGAGUCACUCGGCUCGAUGGGCAACGAUGGUCCUCUUGCGUGCAUGGCCACUGCGCCGCGAUUGAUCUACGAUUACUUCCGUCAGCUCUUUGCGCAAGUUACGAACCCGCCUAUCGACCCCAUUCGCGAGAAUAUCGUCAUGUCGCUCGAAUGCUACGUGGGUGCAGAGGGCAAUAUGCUCGAGAUGCGCGCAGAGCAAUGCCAUCGGCUCAUGCUGCCUUCGCCUGUGCUUUCUGUCGAAGAGACGAAUGCGCUGAAGAGGCUGCACGAAGUCCAUUCAGACUGGCCCGCUCGCACCGUCGAUAUCACCUUUCCCAAGUCGCAGGGACCCGCUGGCUUCCAAGGCGCGCUCAACCGCGUCAAUGCUGAAGCCAGUCAGGCUAUUCAUGAUGGUGUGCGCGUUUUGGUCCUGUCUGAUCGCAAUAUUGGACCUGAUCGUGUCGCCUUGUCGGCGCUCAUGGCAUGCGGUGGCGUUCACCAUCAUCUCGUGCGCAACAAGCAGCGAUCGAAGAUCGCUCUCAUCAUCGAGACCGGCGAAGCCCGCGAGGUGCAUCACAUUUGCGUUCUCGUUGGUUAUGGCGCAGACGGCGUGUGCCCAUACCUCAUCAUGGAGGCAAUGCUAAAGCUACAGCGCGAGGGCUUGCUCAAAGUCAAUAUGUCGAAUGAUCAGAUCAUCGAGAAUUAUCGCCACGCGACGGACAAUGGUAUCCUCAAGGUCAUGUCAAAGAUGGGUAUUUCGACGCUGCAGUCCUACAAGGGCGCUCAGAUCUUCGAGAUCCUCGGUCUUGACGAAAAAGUCGUCGAGAAGUGCUUCACUGGCACCGCGAGCCGCGUGCAAGGCGCAACCUUUGAGCUGCUCGCCAUGGAUGCUUUCGAGUAUCACGAACGCGCUUGGCCUUCUCGCGAUAUCGUGCGCAUCGCUGGCCUGCCAGAAUCCGGCGAAUACCACUGGCGAGACGGUGGCGAGGCUCAUAUCAACGAUCCCGUCGGUAUUGCUAUGCUUCAAGACGCUGUUCGCGACAAGAACAAGAUGUCUUACGAGAAGUAUUCAAAGAACGCGCAUCAGCAAGUCAAGGCAGUCACGCUCCGUGGCCUGCUCGACUUUGACUACACCGAUGCCGAAGCCAUUCCCAUCGAGCAAGUCGAGCCAUGGCACGAGAUUGUCCGUCGCUUUGCCACGGGUGCCAUGUCAUACGGCUCGAUCUCAAUGGAAGCCCACUCUGCCAUCGCUGUCGCAGCCAAUCGCGUCGGCGCCAAGAGCAACACGGGUGAAGGCGGUGAAGAUGCAGAGCGAUCGCAAGUGUUGCCCAAUGGCGAUACAAUGCGCAGCGCCAUCAAGCAAGUGGCUUCUGGUCGCUUCGGUGUCACGAGUCACUACUUGACCGAUGCCGAUGAGCUGCAAAUCAAGAUGGCUCAGGGCGCCAAGCCAGGUGAAGGCGGUGAGCUGCCAGGUCACAAGGUCUCGCAGUCGAUCGCGAAGACUCGCCACUCCACACCAGGCGUUGGUCUCAUUUCACCUCCUCCUCAUCACGAUAUCUACAGUAUCGAAGACCUGAAGCAGCUGAUCUACGAUCUCAAGUGCGCCAACCCUCGCGCUCGUGUAUCUGUCAAGCUUGUCUCGGAAGUCGGUGUCGGCAUUGUUGCUUCCGGUGUUGCAAAGGCAAAGGCAGAUCACAUCUUGAUCUCUGGUCACGACGGCGGUACGGGCGCAUCGCGCUGGACGGGCAUCAAGUAUGCAGGCCUGCCAUGGGAGCUCGGUCUUGCAGAGACGCAUCAAACGCUUGUUCUCAACGAUCUACGAGGCCGUGUGACCGUACAGACCGAUGGCCAGAUCCGUACUGGCCGCGAUGUCGCUAUUGCUUGCCUGCUCGGCGCAGAGGAGUGGGGUUUCGCCACGACGCCGCUUAUUGCCAUGGGUUGCAUCAUGAUGCGCAAAUGCCAUCUUAACACGUGCCCAGUCGGUAUUGCCACGCAAGAUCCGGUUCUGCGCGCCAAGUUCACUGGUCAGCCAGAGCAUGUCAUCAACUUUUUCUACUUCGUCGCCGAGGAGCUCAGAGAGAUCAUGGCCAAGCUCGGCUUCCGCACGAUCAACGAGAUGGUCGGUCGCUCCGACAAGUUGCGCGUCGAUGAUACGCUCCGCAACCCCAAGACCAAGAACCUCGACUUGUCGGCUAUCUUGAAGCCUGCAUGGCGACUACGUCCGGGGGUCGCUACCUACAAGACACGCCAGCAGGAUCACAAGCUCUACGUUCGUCUCGACAACAAAUUCAUUGACGAGUCAGAGCCUGCACUCACCAAGGGCUUGCCCGUUCGCAUCGAGUGUGACGUCGUCAACACCGACCGCGCGCUUGGCACGACAUUGUCGAAUCGUGUUUCCAAGCGAUACGGCGAAGAGGGACUGCCAAAGGACACCAUCCAUGUCAAUAUGCGAGGUUCGGCUGGUCAAUCUCUCGGUGCCUUCCUCGCACCAGGCAUCACGCUCGAGCUUGAAGGCGAUGCCAAUGACUAUGUAGGCAAAGGACUGUCGGGCGGUCGCAUCAUCGUAUACCCUCCAAAAGCCUCGCCUUUCAAGGCGGAGGAGAACAUCAUCGUCGGCAACGUUUGUCUGUACGGCGCUACGACCGGUCAAGCGUUCUUCCGAGGUGUCGCUGCCGAGCGAUUUGCCGUACGCAAUUCAGGCGCUGUCGCCGUCGUCGAAGGCGUCGGAGACCACGGUUGCGAGUACAUGACGGGCGGACGUGUCGUCAUUCUGGGUCAGACUGGCCGCAACUUUGCUGCCGGCAUGAGCGGAGGCAUUGCCUACGUCUACGACAAGAACAAGGAUUUCCGUGCCAAGGUCAACAUGGAGAUGGUCGAGCUCACGACGGUCAACGAUCCUCACGAGAUUGCGUCCUUGCGCGACAUGAUCCAAGAUCACAAGCACUGGACGGGUUCGAAGUUGGCCGAGCGCAUUCUUACCAACUUCAACCAUAUACUGCCUCGCUUCGUGCGUGUCAUGCCUCUCGACUACAAGGCGGUACUCGAAGCAGACGCAGCAAAGGCGAUGGCCGAGAAGCGUGCCAAGAUGCACGGCUUUGACGCCAAGACCGACGGCGUCAACCCGGCAGAGGACAAAGCUAAGCGCAAUGUUACUGGCCAGCAGGAGAUCCCAGCUGCUAAGCCAGGUCACCCCGAGCCAACGCUCGUCGAUCUCGAAGACUCGAUGACCGAUGGCGAAAAGGCUGGCAAGCAAGUCGCCAAGCUCGAUAAGCUUCGUGGCUUCAUGAAGUAUAAGCGUCAGAACGAGGCUUAUCGCUCGCCGCGAUCGCGCACGCAAGAUUGGUCAGAGUUGUCGACACGCCUGACAAAGGAUGGCCUCAAGCUACAGAGUGCUCGGUGCAUGAACUGUGGCGUGCCCUUCUGUCAGUCCGACUACGGCUGUCCGAUCAGCAAUCUCAUUCCACUCUGGAACGAGCUUGUCUUCCGCGACCAAUGGCGCGAAGCGCUCGACAAGUUACUCGCGACCAACAACUUCCCGGAGUUCACUGGUCGUGUCUGCCCUGCGCCCUGCGAAGGCGCUUGCGUGUUGGGUAUCAACGAGGCGCCUGUCGGCAUUAAGUCGAUCGAGUGCGCAAUCAUCGAUCACGGCUUUGAGAUGGGCUGGGUUGUCCCUCGCCCGCCUCAGCACCGUGUAGGCAAGAAGGUCUCAAUCAUCGGCUCGGGACCUGCGGGUCUUGCUUGUGCCGAUCAGCUCAACCGCGCUGGCUACUCAGUCACUGUAUACGAUCGCAAUGACCGCCAUGGUGGUCUGCUUGUCUACGGUAUCCCCAACAUGAAGCUGUCGAAGCAGAUCGUCCAGCGUCGUAUCACACUCAUGGAGGAUGAAGGCAUUGAGUUCAUCGCCAAUGCGCACAUUGGUGUCAACACAGACAUUGAGGACAUCCGUCGAAACUCUGACGCGGUCGUCAGUGCGAUCGGCUCGACUUGGCCCCGCGAUCUCGCCAUCGCCAACCGCAACUUGGACGGCAUCCACUUUGCAAUGGACUUCUUGACAAAGAACACCAAAUCACUGCUUGAUUCGAACCUUGACGAUGGCCGUGCAAUUUCGGCAAAGGGCAAGAACGUCGUCGUCAUUGGUGGUGGUGAUACAGGCAAUGACUGUCUUGCCACCUCUGUUCGUCAUGGCGCGCUCUCGGUGACCAACUUUGAGCUGCUGCCUCAGCCACCCGCUUCGCGCGCCAACGAUAACCCUUGGCCGACAUUCCCUCGUGUCUUCAAGGUUGACUACGGUCACACUGAAGUUGCUUCGCACUUUGGCAAAGACCCUCGAGAAUACUCCAUCAUGACAAAGUCGUUCGUCUCGGACGGCAAUGGCAAGCUCAAGGGCAUCAACACUGUUCGUGUUGAAUGGACAAAGGAUGCUUCUGGCAACUGGAAGAUGUCCGAGAAGCCUGGCAGCGAGCAGUUCUUCCCUUGCGAGCUCUGCUUGCUCGCUCUCGGCUUCGUCUCGCCAGAAACAUCUAUACCCAAGGCCCUCGGUCUCGAGGUCGACGGACGAGGCAAUGUAAAGACACCACACGGAAAGUACAGCACCAACGUACCCGGCGUGUUUGCGUCAGGUGACUGCCGUCGCGGCCAAUCUCUGAUCGUCUGGGCGAUCAUGGAAGGUCGACAGGCAGCUGCAGAGGUCGACAACUACCUAAUGGGUAAUUCAGGCCUGCCUAUUGCAGGAUCGAUACCCGGUCGACAAUAUCGUAUCAACCAUCUUAGCCAGCAGCAACAGGCGAUUGCUGCUUAGACGGUUGAUGCGCAACGAAGAAUGAAGAAACUGCUCCUUUACGCUUUAGAAGGUCUGCAAUUGAAUGGGC